AUUACAAAACAGGAGCAGACCUCAUGUAGACAAAUUUUGUCCACUUUUGAGAAAGAAAUUUACAAAAGUGUGGGGUCUCCGUCCAGUUUUAGACACAACAGAUCUUUUACGGUGUGCUCUUGCUUCACUUGCUCGUCCACUUGCAAAAAAAUACACAAAAAAAGCCGGGUUUUCGCGACGCUAAAAUCGGGUCCUCGGAGCAAAUAUCAGCUCCUCAUACAGCUGGAAGGUAUUUUCAUUUGACAGCCGUGUCACAAUGAUAUGCAAUAAGACGCCAAUCAGUUUGAUGAACGAGUUGUGCAAAGCCAACAACGUUGUAGCAGAAUAUAAAGUGAUCGAGGAAACUGGUCCACCUCACGAGAAGACCUUUAAAGUUGAACUGACCUUAACAAACGGUGGUUCAUACGAGGGGGUCGCUUCGACCAUUCGAGGGGCUAAACACAAUGCGGCCCAGUUGGGUCUUGAGACUUCGGGUUUGACGAAACCAGAACGGAAACCAAAGCAGUUAAACAAUGCACCGGCAGUGGAGCUAAAUAGCCUCGCAAUGAAACUUGGAAAACACAUUGAGUAUUGUGACCUAGCCCCUAUGGUGAGACCUCACCCUGGUCCCUCUCCCAUACCAGCUAACACCUAUGGUGGGUAUCCCUACCAAGAGUACACAGCUGGAAUAAUGCCAUACCAUCAUCGGCCACCCUUGAAGAUGGUUGCUUCGGUGAAGGUCGACGACAAAGAGUACUUUGGUGAGGGUUUCCGCAAGAAAGAGGCGCGCCGUAAUGCGGCGAGCAAGGCAUUGGUUGAACUCCGCAAAGAAUGUACAACGGAAUCUAUAUCUGAACAAAACGAGAUUCCUGAUCCAAAGGUAUAUACAGUUGGAGAGACCAGCGAGCUUAUCAAAUCCCCGAUAAGCGAAGUCCAUGAGAUUGCCAGCAAACGCAAAAUGAAGAUUGAUUUUGAAGUUGUAUCUUCAGCUGGUCCACCCCAUAAUCGCAUGUUUGGAACAACCGUCACUGUUGGUGAGUUCUCUGCAUCAGCAGAGGGGCCAAGCAAGAAAGCUUCAAGACAUUUAGCCUCGGCUAAAAUCUUGGAAGAGCUUAGAAAAUUACCUCCUCUUCCAAAAGCUCAUGCUAUGAGUCGACUUUACAAGCACAACGGUUAUGGAAAGAAAUCUCCGAAAGAGUUAGACCCAAGUCUUAACCCUAUCAGCCUUUUGGGUCAGCUUCGACAGAAGCGGAAAGAGACCCUACCAGUGUACACCCUCGUCAGCGAAGAAGGUAUUCGCAACAAAGAGUUCACCAUGCAGGUACAAGUUGACUCCCAUAUUGGCCGAGGUUCAGGAGCCAAUAAAAAAGAAGCAAAGAAGAAUGCUGCAGAGGCUUUGUUGCAAUUGUUGGGAGUAAGAACUAGCAAGCCUGUAUCCGGACAAGAAACUAACUCUGAGCAAACUCAGAAAAAAAGUGAAGAUGAAGAAAAAGGAACUAAAGAAUCAACCACAGAAGGUCGGUCACUUCCUCCAGGUCUGCUGCCAAUAUUACCUGAAAUGGCAAAUAGAAACAUGAUGUCAGCGCCAGAGGUUCCUCCACCUGCGAAACCUUUGCCGAAUAUUGCACAACCUGUUGCUCCAACAGUUACAGUCCUAAACAGGGCCCCUGGUGCUCCGGUUGUUAAACCAAUGUCAAAUGAAAUACUUCAAAAUGGGAAUACACCCUCAAUGCAAAAGCUGCAGCAACUUGCAGAGUCUGGUGGCUUUCAGGUCAAGUAUCAGGAUGCUACACAGGAGAAUAAAGAAAAAUGCUUGGCGGUUGUGACAGUUUCUACUGUGCCGCAACUGGUGUGCCAUGGCUUUGGUCCUUCCCUUGAACAUGCUUUCGAGCAUUCUGCCCUGCAAAUGCUAUAGCCCACCUGUUGCAACCGCCUCCAACAGCAACGAAUGAUCCUGCGAUUGAUGCUGCAUCUGGAAACUGAUGUAAAUCAAGUAGGACUUGUUCAAAGUAAUAUAGCAGCGUCACUUGUGGGAUUGUUCAAGGUAGUCCAUCAGAGGCUGCCUUUAUAUUUUGUGUGUAUAUUUUGUGACAGCAAAUACUAGCAAGUAAAGCAAAUUUAUGCAUAUGUCCAUUGACAAAUGUAAUUUAUGAUUUUAAAAAUAAAUUCUCAUGCAUCAAA